GCUAAAAUGGAGUUGUCAUCUUUGACUCAGACAAACAUAAGUUUGCCUUUCAUUACUGCUACAGCUGAUGGCCCCAAGCACAUUGAGACUACCCUUACAAGAGCCAAAUUUGAGGAAUUGUGCUCUGAUCUUCUGGACAGGCUUAAAACACCAGUUGAGAAUUCCUUAAGGGAUGCAAAACUCUCCAUUAAAGAUAUUGAUGAGGUGAUACUUGUUGGUGGAUCUACACGAAUCCCAGCUGUACAGGAACUUGUAAAGAAAAUGACUGGGAAGGAUCCCAAUGUCACUGUCAAUCCGGAUGAAGUAGUUGCCCUAGGGGCUGCAGUUCAGGCUGGUGUCUUGUCUGGAGAUGUCAGUGACAUCGUGUUGUUGGAUGUGACACCAUUGUCACUUGGACUUGAGACACUUGGAGGGGUUAUGACAAAAAUCAUUCCCAGAAACACUACACUGCCGACAUCCAAAUCUGAGGUUUUCUCAACUGCUGCAGAUGGACAGACAAGUGUUGAAAUCAAUGUUCUUCAAGGUGAGAGGGAGUUUGUUAGGGACAAUAAAUCCCUUGGCAGCUUCCGCCUUGAUGGUAUCCCACCAGCACCACGAGGAGUGCCUCAAAUUGAAGUGAAAUUUGACAUUGAUGCCAAUGGUAUUCUCUCUGUCACUGCUGUUGAUAAAGGCACCGGGAAGAAGCAAGACAUCACCAUUACUGGUGCUAGCACUCUGCCUAGCGAUGAGGUUGAGAGGAUGGUUAGUGAAGCUGAGAAGUUUGCAAAGGAGGACAAGGAGAAGAGGGAUGCCAUUGACACAAAGAACCAGGCAGAUUCUGUUGUCUAUCAGACUGAGAAGCAACUGAAAGAGUUAGGAGACAAAGUCCCAGCCCCUGUUAAAGAGAAGGUUGAGGCAAAACUGAAGGAGCUCAAGGAUGCAAUUGCCGAUGGAUCAACACAAGCAAUGAAAGAUGCCAUGGCUGCCCUAAAUCAAGAAGUAAUGCAGCUUGGCCAGUCUCUUUACAACCAACCAGGUGCAGGUGGUGCUGGCCCUGCUCCUGGCAGUGAAGCUGGGCCUGGACCUUCAGAUUCAUCAAGCAAAGGACCUGAUGGCGAUGUUAUUGACGCAGAUUUCACUGACAGCAAGUGAGAUGGCAAGAUAGUUGGCUAGUUUUUGUGCCCCUUGCUGCUGAUGUGUAUAAGAAAUUUGAUUUUGCCUGGUCUGAGGGUUACUGCAUUUCUAGACAACUUUUGCUCUUUGUGGAGUGAUAAGGAAAUCGUUUUUAGGAAUAUAGAGAACCAAGCAGCAAACAGCAAGCAACCCACAAUAGUUAAAGAAAAGAACUUUGGGUGUUAAAGCCAGUGCACUUAUUUAUAGUGGUGUUUAGAUUUAGUAUGGCGGAUUGUUCUUUAUUGAAUUACGCAUUUGAUUACUGAGAUUCCCUAAAUGUUCAUUAAUUAAUAAUUUUCACCUGAUUAUUGCAACCAUAAAUAUGACUUUGAUAAUUUGCUUA